UAACGUGUAAUGUGAAAUUAUUUCAAAUGCGCUUGUUAUUUUUGACAAUAACAUUAUUUAUAAAUCUUGUAACCGUAAGUCUGAAUUUGCCUAAUGAUGCUGACAAAACUGAAGAGCAGCGGGGCUGCUUAUCCCCCCUCCCCGAGUUCUUAUCUUACACACUUACAUUAUAUGAAAUCCCUUUCCUAAAUGAUCCUUAAAAAUUUGUGACACUUUUAUGACGAUUUUUGCGGAUUCUGGGCUCCAAUCUGGCAACAACAGCUGCCCGGAACAACGGAACACAACAUUGUUGACAACUGUGGCUUGUCAGCAAACUUCUCCAGUUUUCAGAACAAUGAAUCUGUCCAGAUACAUUUGGCUGGGCUUUGUAGCGGUUUUUAUGGGUUGUCGUCAAUGCUAGCCAACUAAAGAGUCUGGUUAGUUAACGGGUGAGUCAACACAUUUGACUCAUUUCAGCGCAUCUGUAGCUUAACAUUAGCUAACAGGCAGAGCUUAGCUAAAGACAUAGUAGCAGCAUGGGUGAUAGUAUUAAUCCCAGGCUCAGCAACAUGAAAGCAUUGCUUGGGAUAGUUGCCGGAGCUGGAGCUUCUUAUGGGAUAUACAAACUUAUCAGCGGGGGGAGCUUCAAGAGAAACAAAAAAAGUGUCACCAAUGAAAGUCCUGGUGUCAAGAGCAGUCAGCCCAGCGAUGUUAAUAUACAGCGAGGCAGCCUGUUGGCAAGAGUGUCUGGAUUGGAUGUUGUCAGUCACCGACCUGAUGUUGCAUCAGGUGACAUCACCUACGAGUCCCCUGGCAACCUGGAGCCACAGCACUUGAAAAUGUUGCUGUCAUGUCUGCAAACCAGCCGUAAUCCAUCUGACAGAUGUCGGAUCCUACUUACGUUGGGAAAUGCUGCUGCCUUCACUGUGAAUCAGAAUCUAAUACGGGAAUUUGAAGGCAUUCAUAUCAUAGCUGGUUUCCUGUCUGAUCCUGCAGCGGAGGUUAGAGUGCACACUCUGAAUGCUUUGAAUAAUCUAUGUAUGAACAUCCCAAACCAGGAACAAAUAAAGGUUUAUGUACCACAAGUGCUGGAGCUGAUUGAGAUGUCACCAGUGAAUUCUGACCUUCAGCUCGGUGCUCUCAGACUGCUGACAAACCUCUCAGUCACAGAUAAACAUCAACACUUGCUGAGGGAAUCAGUUACGCUUUUACUCUCCCUACUUGUUGUGAGCAAUGAAACAUUACAGGUCCAGGCUUCGAAAGUCCUUGUGAAUCUUUCAUCUAAUCCGGAUAUGAUGGAUGACAUUGUCCAAGCCCAGGCACCAGCUUCUGUUGUGCUGCUGUUCGAUGCACGAACAGCCCCUGCAGUGCUUCUGCGACUGCUGAUGUUUGCAGGGAACUUAAAGGCCUGGAGACCCUCUGCCCAGGUGGCUGAUGAACUGAGACGGAAGAAGGAUUGCCUCUUCCGGGUCAUGCUAGAUGAGCCAUCUCAGCUCCACAGCAGAUUGGUCCAGCUGCUCUCACACCCUGAUGGGGAGAUCCAGGCCCAGGUGGCUCGUAUCUUGACAUAGGCCUCCCUCUCUGCACUCUUGACCCAUGUACAGCUUUAGCUUCUGCACACUUUUCCAAAGCCAUCAACCUAUCAGACUUCCGUUUAAAUUUUAAAUCUGUUGACAUUAACCUUACAAAAGAGCAGGCUGUGCAGCCCCCAGCUGAUGCUCAGCUUACACUCCCACGCUCUCAGUAUCCAAGAUGAAUAUUAUUACCACACAUCUACACAACUAAAUGAUCUGUUUCACCUUACCAGCCACUUCCCUGAUUUCCAGCUUCUUAACACCACAAGUAUUUGAUGAGCAACGAGUGAUUAGGAAGCAGCCGGUCAGUCAGUAGAGUGUAAAACAGAACACUUCUCCCUGUUUUGUUCCUGCCAGCAAGAGUUUUGUCAGAGACAAUUGUACUUCAAAGAUCCACAGUGCCCUUCCUUCUGAGAACCUCACCUGCUUUCUCUGAAGACGUAUUCCAGGUGAAAUUGCCACUGCCAAACAUUUUCUAGAGAAUGUGUCAGAGUGACCUGUGCAGCAUGACUCAACUAGGUGGAGAGCUGAAGAGGUUUCCUGCCGCAUACCUGAGCUAUGCCAGGGAGACACGAAUGAAUGGUUUUGCUGCAGCUCCAGCCUUCGCUAUUGCGUCAACAUGUUGGAAGAUCCUGAUCUUCUUCUAUGUGUUUAAUUUGAGAAUCAGUGCAUCAUGACUUUAGAAGAGCCAAAAUGAGGUUACCCCAAAGCAUGGCUGGCCUCGUAUUCUGUGCCCAUGUGAGAAAUUCAGUGUGUCAGUUCACCUGGUAAGGAUGCAACUUGGGUCAACUUUGACUUUGAAGGUGCACCAACCACAGCUGCCUAGUAUUAAACCCCAGGAUUGGUCCAGGACGUACUGUUGGGGUUGCAUCUUUCUGCUUGGAAACACCUGCAAAUCCCUCAGGGAGGAGCUGGAGGAAGUUGCAGGGGAAAAGGAUGUCUGGACUGCAGUGAUUGUUUCAACUAUAACAAAUAUUGUGCAGACGUGCAACCUGAAAAUAAAUAGAGGAGGGUCUGACCUUUGACAAAACAGCAUGUAAUAAUAAAAACAAUAAUAAUAAUUUUAAGUGUUAAAUGGUAGUUGAAUUGCAAUAGCGAUUGAAUGUUAAAUUCAAGCCUUAUUACUGUAACUUAUGCCCUUGCUGUGAGUGACAGUGUAGCUGAAGGACUGGAGCUGUGAACUGAUCUGCUGAUUUGUUAACAAUAUUUACAGAAAGGAGGAUGGGUGUAGGUGCAUACCUCGAAUUUGCAUGAAAAAAUGUGAAGAUUAUCUUGGAAUCAAUUUUUAUUGCAAGGAUUUUAUGGCAUAAGCCAAUCCAGGAGUAAAAUGCUGCACAUUUUCAUGUUUUGAAUCCAAAUCCUAAAUAUCUUCUCAGGCAAUAUGGUUUACCAGAAUAGAUACAGCAGGAGGCUGAUUUACUUAUGACCUAGAUUAUCUUAUUUAUUUAAUGAAGUUAGUCAGCAUUUUGCCUCUGAGAAAUAUGUUUGUUAUGUCUGUUUGAAUGGUUCAAUAAAUACCCUACAUGAGAGGUUCUGGA